GAGAUCCUCCUGGCUCAACCUCCUGUGCUGGGAUUACAGAGGUACUUUCUAGUCGGGAGCAACCAUGCAGAAACCAAGUAUCGUGUCUUGAAGAUUGACAGAACAGAACCAAAAGACUUGGUUGUAAUUGAUGACAGGCAUGUUUAUACUCAACAAGAAGUGCGGGAGCUGCUUGGCCGCUUGGAUCUUGGAAACAGAACAAAAAUGGGGCAGAAAGGAUCCUCUGGGUUAUUUCAAGCCGUCACAGCAUGUGGUGUUGUAGGCUUUGUCAGGUUUUUGGAAGGCUAUUACAUCGUGUUAAUAACAAAAAGCAGAAAAAUGGCAGAUAUUGGGGGCCAUGCGAUAUAUAAGAUUGAAGAUACAAAUAUGGUCUACAUACCGAAUGAUUCCGUGAGGAUUACUCACCCUGACGAAGCUAGGUAUCUGCGAAUCUUUCAAAAUGUAGAUCUAUCUAGCAAUUUUUACUUCAGCUACAGUUAUGAUUUGUCCCACUCCCUUCAAUAUAACCUUACUGUCUUGCGCAUGCCCCUGGAGAUGUUAAAAUCAGAAACGACCCCAGCACGCCAGGAGAGCUUUGACAUCUUUGAAGAUGAAGGGGUGAUCACACAUGGGAGAAGUGGUGUGUUUGGGAUCUGUAGUGAACCUUACAUGAAGUAUGUGUGGAAUGGCCAACUUCUGGAUGCCAUUAAAAAUACUGUGCACCGUGACUGGCUGUUGUACAUUAUCCAUGGGUUCUGUGGACAGUCAAAGCUGCUGAUCUAUGGACGCCCAGUGUAUGUCACUCUGAUAGCCAGAAGAUCAAGCAAGUUUGCUGGGACUCGUUUUCUCAAGAGAGGUGCAAACUGUGAGGGUGACGUUGCCAACGAGGUAGAGACUGAACAGAUACUGUGCGAUGCGUCUGUGCUGUCCUUUACUGCAGGAAGUUACUCUUCCUACGUGCAAGUUAGAGGCUCGGUUCCCCUGUACUGGUCGCAGGACAUCUCCACCAUGAUGCCCAAACCUCCGAUCACACUCGACCAGGCAGACCCCUUCGCGCACGUGGCUGCUCUGCACUUCGACCAGAUGCUUCAGAGGUUUGGCUCCCCCAUCAUCAUCCUGAAUUUGGUGAAGGUACAGUGUUCUCGCGCCCUGGGCCAGCCCAGCUCUACCUCUUCUGGAGGACAGGUUGAGGCGCCCGUGUGUGGCGGCCCUGCCUUUGUGUCUAGGAAAGCUGGGGAGGGGAGCAUGAGGGCCAUUGGGCACAGCCAGUUCAAAUACGUGACUGUCGUUGCAGCGGCGUUUGCUUUAGAUAUGAGAGUAAGUACGCAUUACAGCUCCGGCUCUCACGUGUGUUCUUUCUCCAGCAAGCUGUGCAAUGUUCUUGAUCGACUCAGUGUGAUUGCAGAAAGUGUGGUGAAGAAAACAGGUUUCUUCGUAAACCGCCCUGAUUCUUACUGCAGCAUUUUAAGGCCAGAUGAAAAGUGGAAUGAACUAGGAGGAUGUGUGAUACCCACUGGUCGCCUGCAGACUGGCAUCCUCCGGACCAACUGUGUGGACUGUCUAGACCGCACCAACACAGCGCAGUUUAUGGUGGGGAAAUGUGCGCUGGCCUAUCAGCUGUAUUCUUUGGGGCUCAUUGAUAAGCCCAAUCUGCAGUUUGAUACAGAUGCAGUCAGGUUGUUUGAGGAGCUCUAUGAAGAUCAUGGCGAUACCCUGUCCCUUCAGUACGGUGGUUCUCAGCUUGUUCAUCGGGUAAAGACCUACAGAAAGAUAGCCCCGUGGACCCAGCACUCGAAGGACAUCAUGCAGACUCUGUCCAGAUACUACAGCAAUGCCUUUUCAGAUGCAGAUAGACAAGAUUCCAUUAAUCUCUUCCUGGGCGUUUUCCAUCCUGCUGAAGGGAAACCUCAUCUCUGGGAGCUCCCAACAGAUUUUUAUCUGCACCACAAAAAUACCAUGAAACUUCUACCAACAAGGAGAAGCUACACUCACUGGUGGACACCGGAGGUGAUAAAGCACCUGCCACUGCCUUACGAUGAAGUUAUCUGUGCUGCGAACCUAAAGAAGUUAAUAGUGAAGAAAUUCCACAGAUAUGAAGAAGAGAUUGACAUCCACAAUGAAUUCUUCCGGCCCUAUGAGUUGAGCAGUUUUGAUGACACCUUCUGCUUGGCUAUGACAAGCUCUGCGCGUGACGUCAUGCCCAAGACUGUUGGCAUCGACCCAAGUCCGUUCACUGUGCGGAAACCAGAUGAAACUGGAAAAUCAGUAUUGGGGAACAAAAGCAGCCGGGAAGAAGCCGUGCUGCAGCGGAAGACCGCCGCCAGCGCGCCGCCGCCCCCCAGCGAGGAGGCCGUGUCCAGCAGCUCCGAGGAGGACUCGGGGACCGACCGCGAGGAGGAGGGCCCCGCGUCCCAGCGCUCCACGCCCGUGAAGAUGACGGACGCAGGCGACGGAGCCAGGCUGCCCGAGAAUAUGGUGCAGCCCAUGAAAGAGGUAUAUGGGAUUAACCUCUCAGAUGGCCUUUCAGAGGAAGACUUCUCUAUUUAUUCAAGGUUUGUACAGCUGGGGCAAAGUCAACAUAAACGAGACCGAAGCAGCCAGCAGCCCUGCUCCAGGUGCUCAGAUGGAGUCAUAAAAUUAACACCUAUCUCAGCUUUCUCACAAGACAACAUCUAUGAGGUUCAGCCCCCGAGAGUGGACAGAAAAUCUACCGAGAUCUUCCAGGCCCACAUCCAGGCCAGUCAGGGGGUUAUGCAGCCCCUCGGAAAGGAGGACACGUCCAUGUACCGCGAGUACAUCAGAAAUCGCUACCUGUGAGGAGUGCAGGGCCCCAGCCCAGAGAGGACCAAGGAAGCCACACUGGCUUACGUGGUUGUCUGUGCUGUCUCGUCUGCAAGAGGUAAUUUUCCAAAGGCUUUGCAUCUGAAGCUUUCUCCUCCUCUUGUACCACACAGAUUGUACAAUAUAAUAAAGAAAUAACUGAAAUGUU